GCAGGUGCACGAUAAAACGCGAGACCCAAGAUGUCUGCGCCCAGUUGAAAGUUCAAAACACAAACGUCCCACAUUGUCAACUUUGAAAAAUGAGUUUGAGCAAGGAUAAGUCUAACGAAAAUGCCUUUGAAAAGGCUCUCAAGGCUUACCUUGGAUUGUUGCAGUCAAGACCAGUACUUACAAAAGCCAUCACAAGUUCUUCAGUGUCGGCCAUUGGUAACAUCAUAUCGCAGUUGAUUGUCCCUAACCAACAAAAUGGUGGGAAAAUAGCCUGGCGAAGUGUGGCUGCUUAUGCCUCCUUUAGUUUUGUAGUUAGUGGACCAUUGAUACAUUAUUUCUACAUAUGGAUGGACAAGUUGAUACCAAAGAAGAAAGAAUCCGCCACAUUGGAUGGAAUCAAGAGAGUUGUAUUUGACAGAUUUAUAUUUGCACCUCCAUUUAUACUCCUCUUUUUAUAUGCAGUUACAAUGCUAGAGGGUUCAGGGCAUGAGGCAGCUAUUGCAAAGAUCAAAGAAACUUUCUGGCCAAUACUUAAGAUGAACUGGCAGAUUUGGACCGUGUUCCAGUUUAUAAAUGUAAACUAUGUACCUCUGAAGUACCGUGUAUUAUUUGGUAAUGCAGUAGCUUUGGUUUGGUCCGUCAUUGUUGCAGUAAAGAGAAGACAGUUAGCACAGUGAAAAAAAAGACAACAGUUGCCUUGGUUACAGCGUAAACAGAAAAACAAUAUGACAAUUAGAACUUAAAGAAAUUUGUAUAAUGUUAAUUUAAACAUAAGAACUUAAAGUUUGAAAUUUUAACGACUGAUUUUCUCUCAUUGUUUUCCGAAUGAGAUAAAUGGGGAAAUCCCACUCAAAGUUAACUAGUUGUUCACUCUAUACGGUACUUUAUGUGAUGUUUAAAACUUUUUCAACAGAACAACUUUGGAAUGUUACUGUAAUUUCAUUGCACAAUUUAUCCCAUAAUGGUCAUUUCAUAAAAAUGAUCCUGAAGCUAUUUGAAAAAUAUCAGUAUUAGUGAUAAAACUCAUGUUAAUCUUAAAUCCUAGCAGAACUGAAAUUUAAACUUUGCAUAAAUAAACUAGUUCACAGUACCAAUCUUAUGGAACGAUGAGAAAUGUAGUUGACUAACUGACCACCUUAGCCACUUAAUAUGUCCAAAUAUCCAAUCAGGUAGUAUUGACCACCUGAACCCCCUAAAAAGGUCAAAUCAUGAGGUGGUGCUUUAUAUCUAGUGAAUUUUUUAGACCAAAGAUUUUUACAAUAUUUUAGAUAUAAGGAAACUCUUAAAAUAGAUUUGGGAAUUAAUUUUACCCAAAAAUGUUUAAAAUAUUAAUCUGAUUCACAUCUUUGAAGAAAACAUUAUCUUGAUCAGGUAGAAGGGUAAAUAAUUCUGAUUGUCUGUUAGAGAGUUUUUGUUAGUGAAUUAACGUUGAGUUCUAAUAAAAUUGGCGCUUUCUUUUACAAUAGAAACCAAAAAAUUUCAGAAUGAAAAAAAACAUAACCCCAUCCUCCGCCUGCCACAAAGUUUAAGGAUUACUCUCUGUAAAUUACUUAAUGUGACAUUUUAAAACUUUUUAUAAAACAGAUUUUUUAAAUGUUAGUGUAAUUUCAUUCAGAAUUGACAAAAUUAAUUUACCUAUAAACAAUAUCUCUUGUUGGAAAUUAUUUCCCUAAUACGGCCAUUUUGUAUCUGCCAUGUUAAUAACAUUCUCAGAUACAAAACAGACCUAGUAGGAAAAUAAUUUUACUCAAACAUUAUUUAUAAAUGAUUUUUAUAUAUAUUAUUUUCUUUUUCUUUUUCAAAGCUGAUUGUAAAAGUGAGUCAGAUUAUAUAGGGUUAUUUUUUAUACUACAAUUUUGUUUUUGUUACCUCUGUUUCUAAAUAAUUUAUUUAUUUACCAAAAGAGAAUUUUUAAUUCUCUAUUGCAGCUUUACACAUCCUUUAUUUUUUGUUAGUAGAAUUCAUAUGAGCAAACAGUUAUAGUUACUGAUAGUUUAUUUGUUAGUUAUGAAGACUUUGAAGACUUUAUAUUUCAAAUUUAUCAUGUUACUGUAAGCUGAUGAAUCUGUUGAAAGAAUGUUGAGUAUUUCUAAAAUUAAUAUGUAUGUAAGAUUUAGUAUGUAUGUCAAGUAACUUAAGUAAUAUCCUUAAGGAAGAUUACUCUUUACAUCAUUUAGCUGUUUGGUUAUUGCCCAUAUUAUCAUUAUUUUUUAAGCAUCUAUGUGAAACAGAAUUAAAUUUAUCUAGUUUAGAAAAAAAAUAUGAGAAUGACUGAAAAAAACAUGUACAAAUAUUUUAAAGAGUUAUUUCCCUUAGCUAAGGGGGCAUCUCAAAUGUGACAGAUUUUUUUCGUAUUUUUCACAUGUAAGCCAUACACAGUACUGCAACAGACAGACAUUUUAUUUGUGAGUUCGAAAAAUGGAUUUUUAACAUGCAUAUUCUUCAAUAAGUAUUUUAUUUAUUUUCACAGAAUUUAAAACUUUGAGAUGCUCCAAGAAAACUUUAUGUAAUCAGAAUGAUGAUUAAUAAUUUAAUUAUAUCAACAUAUAACUAUGUAUGUCAUAUGAUUAUUGUGACCACAUUGUUUGUGGAAUGCAUUAGAAUGUAAACAUAUUUAUAUGUUGCCUUUGUUAUUGUUGAUUUUGAUAUGAUUUUAAAAUAAAUACUAUUUUAUGA